UAUUGUAUAGAAAAUAGGAAAUAAACAUGUAGUACGUAAUGAUGUGUUUUUAAAAAUAAGAACAAUGGCAAAAAAAAGUAACAAUAUUAAUAAAAUCUCCAAAAAUAGAAACGACUUGGUAGCAUUUUGGAGUGUACCUCUUCCCGAUGGUACUUACAGUAUCGAAUUUGAACACGGAACUACAUCCGGAAAAAGAAUUUUAAGAAUAAAUGGAAAGGAAAUUUUACGAAGAGAUUGGAUGUUUAGAUUAGUUGGAGACGAAAUAUUCGAAAUUGGAAAACAGAAAGCAAAAUGUGUUCUAUCAGUUGAUCCAUUGCCGUACUUUUCUUUUUGUUACGGUUUAUCGGUAAAUGGAAAACCUUUAGAAAAAUUUACCGAAAAGCAGAACAAGAAUUUAAAAGUAUGGAUUGUAACCGCUGCGGAUAAAGAAAAAUAUAGAAUAGUGUUGGAAAAACAAAAUCUCAAUGUAUGGAUUAAUGGUAAUUUACAAGAAACCAUUAAUACAUUCAUCGAUAACGGAACAGAAAUUCGAUUUAAAGUUGAUGACUUUGAUGGUGUAAUAAAAGCUACUUCAGCUACUAAAAAAGGACUUGUAUAUGAACUUUAUGGCAAUGGGCAACUCAUUCCAGACGAAAAUGAAUUUUAA